AUGAACGAUCAACCAAGAGGCGGACGGGGGCGGGGCCGGGGUCGAGGACGCGGGAACUGGAGCGUUUCUUUCACACCACAAAACCACGAUGACGAUCAGAUGAUGCUUGAUGGUGACUCCUCACGUGGACGAGGCAGAGGAAGGGGACGAGGAAGAGGAGGAUUCAGGGGCGGUCCAAACAAUUUCCAGCAUGAAAACCGUUCACGAGAACCGCUAGUCGACAAAGACAUGCUUGCAAAGCUGAAAUCGAAUCCAUCCUACGCGCUUAUGGAAGGUUUCCUCGGACGACGUUACGAUGCAGCCAACAAAUUACUAAACCUCUCGACUAUUGCUGGAGAUCAAGAGAUCCUCCAAUCUGGCAUGUUUGCCUCAGAAGGUGCACAGAAGAAGUUCUUCCCUGCCCUCAUGAUCGUUUGCGAUGCCAUUCUUGAGACGCUAGAAGCAAAAGAGCAAGCAAUCCACAGCGUCACACUCGCCGGCAAUAACCUCCAAAAUACACACGCUGUUUACCAACUCUGCAAUCAUUUCCGCCACAUCCAGAACCUUGAUCUCAGCAACAACGCUUUUGCGACGCUGGACGCGCUAAAGCCUUGGAAAGGCCGCUUCAGGAACGUCGAACACCUCAUUGUCGAUCCGUUCCCAACACCCAACUGGGAGGAUGAGAUCAUCUCUUGGUUUCCUAAACUCAAAAUUUUGAAUGGCAAUCAGGUUCGUCCUGACGCAGCAGUGGCAAACAACAAUGCAGCAAACGCACAGCAAAUACCAUCAUCCACCACACCAACACCUAUACCAACGACUAUCGACCCGGAGCAGCAAAGGAAAGAAGAGAUGAUCCUCUAUGUUCAGCGCGAAACCAACCUCAAGCGCGACUACGCCAUUCAAUGUCUGGAGGCUGGCCAGUGGAACAUCGAGCAAGCAGGUGCUCUCUUCGCACAAAGUCGAGAGUCUUUGCCAGCUGAAGCGUACAACUAG